AUGGAAACUUUUCCUGAGGUCGCUAGUGCUGCUCUCCAGGCUUUCUCUGGCCUUCUUGCCCAACAGCCAUUUCCUCUCUCUGCUGAAAGACUCUGUUACCUGCUAACCUGCAACAUGUUCAUUGUGGAUCGGGCCGCUGUACUUACCCGUCAGCAUGUACAACCUCCAAGUGGCCCUCCGACAGCAGCAAGCACUACUGUUGGCAUAAGUAGUCUCACUUUGGCCGAUAAAAAUAAGGAGUAA